AGAUCUUAACGCGCAUGUAUAAAUAAGAAAACCGCCAUAGAUGUAAUCAAACUUCGGGGUCGGGAUCCGGGGUUUUUGAACCUACAAAAUACACUCUUGCGAGUUCCGUUACGAACCGAUCCCGAAACAACUAAUAGCGUCCGACCGAAUAAAUAAUCGAUUCGUCGUGCCGUAUUUUCAUCGAACAAUUGCUACGUCGACUGGAUUCGGAAUUGACGAAAACGAGCCUACUUAGGCGGAGUGAAUUCAGCUUCAUUGUUACAAGUGCGGUAGUCGUUAUAAGUCAACUCGAGAGAAAAUGUUCGUAAAAAAAAUCACAACAACAACAUGUAGUUUAAUUAUAAGAAGGAAAUAUUGUUCGGUUAAAAAUUUCGAAGAUAUACCCUCGACUAGAGGACUGCCUCUGAUUGGUUCUACUUUUUCAUUAGUAAUUACGGGGGGGCUCAAGAAACUUCAUAAAUAUAUAGAUAGACGGCAUAACAAAUUAGGCCCUAUAUUUAGGGAUAAUGUCGGACCUGUUACUGCUGUAUUUUUAUCAGAUCCUGAUGAAAUGCGUGCAGUUUUUGCUAAAGAAGGAAAAUAUCCAAAACUAACGAAACCGUCAUCGUGGUUGUUGUAUAACGAAAAAAACAAUUAUUCUCGCGGAUUAUUUUUCAUGGAGGGCGAGGAAUGGCACCAUUUCAGGAGGAUAAUGAAUAAAUUAUUAUUAAAAGGAGAUUUUUCGUGGAUAGAAACGUCUUGCGACGCGGCCACUAGUUUAUUGAUAGAUCGGAUAAAUCCGAACGAGGAAUUCAAAAAUUUAGAAGCCGAAUUAUACAAAUGGUCUUUGGAGGUGAUAGUGUCCGUAUUAAUAGGCGGCGAUAAUUAUAAACGACGUUACGAAGAAAUAGAAAAUUUAGUGGAUCGAUUAUCGUCGACCGUAAAUUUAAUAUUCAAACGCACCUCCGAGUUGCAAUUGAUCCCGGCGGAAUUGGCUCUAAAAUUGAAUUUGAAACGUUGGCGGAAUUUCGAAGAAUCCGUAAAACGUUCGUUAAAUUUAGCGAACGAUCUGAUCGAUCGCAUCAGAAACGAAAACGACGGAUUAAUAAACAAAAUGAAACAGGAAAAUAUAAACAACAAGGAUCUGGAUCGGAUAAUAAUCGAUUUGAUAAUAAGCGCCGGCGACACCACGUCCUACACCAUGAUCUGGAUACUGUUUUUGAUGGCGAAACAUAAAAAUCACCAAACGAAAUUGAGACAAACCCUCCGAUCCGAUCCGAAAACGAAUUAUUCGAAAAACAUAGUGAGGGAAUCGUUGAGAUUGUAUCCGGUGGCCCCGUUUCUAACCAGAGUCCUGCCGGAGGACGCCGUCAUCUGCGGUUAUAACGUACCCGCCGGUACCGCGGUGGUGAUGUCCGUUUAUACGAGCGGACGGAACGGAAAAUACUUCAAACGCCCCGACGUCUUUUUACCGGAGCGAUGGGAUCGGGGUGGAAUGAACGAUUCGUCGGUUCGACAAGCUAGUUUACCCUUCAGUAUGGGUCCUCGGUCGUGCGUCGGGAAAAAAAUCGCCGAAAUUCAAUUGACCGUUACGCUUUCGAAACUAAUCGAAAAUUUUAAUAUCGAUGUCGUUAACGACGAAGAAAUCGAUGAUGUACUCGUGAUGGUACCGCAACCGUCUAAACCGUUGAGGCUUAUUUUCAGAAAUAUCACUUAAUAUUUCAAAUUUAAAACGAGGGCGACGUUGUCGGACUUUGAAAACUGUACGGGAAUCGAGGAAACGCGAUUGAGGUUAUGUUGAUGAAAUAUGGCUAUUAAAUAACAAAACUGCGUAUCUAGAGGACGUUUUAGACGUUUAGUAUAUGGAUAUGUUGUCUAUGGACGUCCCGAAACACGUUUCCGUCACUGUAAUUGUAAAAAAACUCCGAUAAAGACUAUUUUCCAGCUCUAAAUACUAAAAAUUACAUUUUUAGCUUGUAAAUAAGAUUUUAACUCCCGUGGUUUCCAAUGUUUUCAGGAUAGAAUCGAAUCGUUCGUUGAAGGUUAUGACAGCGAAAAACGUGACCGGUUUCAACCGGUUUCGGUCCGAAAUGCUUCGGAGCAAAAGUCCAGAUUAACGAAUUUUAGAUUUAUAUUUGAAUCUCCCUCGUAUAAUAAUACACACGGGGCUGUAAAUAUUUAGUAAAUUUUCAAACGAUGUUUGCUCAAAUUUCAACUCGGAUUGUUACAAUCUUCGUUAUCUUCUUCUUUUGUUUUAAUAACGUCUGCAAAUUUGAUAUUUUUCGGUUUUAAGACAUUAUUUUUUACCGUUUUUCAAAAUUGUGCUCUUUAUGAUUGUUUUAACGACUUUAUUUACCCAAUUUUCACGGUUUUAUACAUAGAUCUGAACUGUGUAAUGUUUUACUACUUUUAAAUAACAAAAUUGUACCUGCGCAUUCACCAAAUAUGAAAAAUUGUUUGUAUGUAUUCAAAAAAAAAUGACAAAUGUUACAAAUUCUCAAAUUUCGAAUGAAAUUUUUUAUUAUUUAUACAGGUUGUCCCACGACGAGUUAAAACUAUCCGUAUAUAUGGGAAAAUACUUAUAGUAGAAUCGUGAAAAUUUGUACGUUUGGGUUUUAGGAUACGAUCUUUUUAACUAAAAUAUUUUCAAAGAUGGCCGACUUCCGGUUCUACUUGAAAUCGAAUGUAACUUUGUUAUUUUAAAUAAAACACCCUGUAUAUUAAUACAUUUUUAAAAUCUACGUCAAAUUUUAGUAAAUUUUUGUCUAAAAACUUUUUUCGAAAAAUGCAUACUUUUCGAGUUAUUAAUUUUUUUGUAAAAAAUUUGACCCUUAUAAAUUAUUUUUUUACGUUGAUACCCUUAAAGAUAUGAAAAUUUUUUUUGUUCGGUUGUUUUAAGCAAGGUCAGACGUAUUUGAAUCUAUGUCGAAAAAUUUUUCAUUUUAUACGGGGUGUGUAUAAAAAGUGUUCAAAGUUUAACUUCAAAAAUAUCAAUUUUUUUCAUUUUUUUAAAUAGAACCGCCCCGUUUUUUCUAUUUUAAAGCAUUCGGGGGUAAAAAAUAAGGCAAAUUCAGUAUAUUUUCCUAUACCUCACCCUUAUUCAACCACCCUGUAUAUAAAUUUAAAAGUAGACAUCGAUAUAAGCUAAAUAAAAUUUAUAAAAAACUUCGUAGCGUCGAUUUGUACAAACGUGAACAAACUUUGGUAAUCCCCUUGUAAUUAUGAUCAAAAAAGGGCUUUUCAGUACACCCCUAAUAGAAUAUUUUUGGGAAUCCGUAUUUAAUUGUGUCUUUCGCAGCUCAAAUCUACGUUUAGCUACACAGUUGUUUGUAAAUAAAUAAAAUAUGAUAAUUUAA